AUGUUUAUCCAUUGGAGCCAUGAACGCGCCCCCUGCCCGUAGAAGGUGAGAGAGUAUCUGGAAGAGACGACUCGAGUACGCGACUGCCGGGAUCGAUCGGAUUAAACUCGAAUUGAGUGAAAUUAACACAAAGGACAAAACGUGCCGGUGAAGACGGGAUACCGACACGCCGAACAUUAUAAAAUAACUUUAAUUUCGUAAUUUAUUAACGGACCAGAAAGGAUUGUACUGGAGAUACUAACGGGAGUUAAUUUGAGAAACCCCGAAUUGACCAAGCUUGUUGGGUCCUGUAACCUGUCUUUGCCUGACUCUGCAUUCUCAUUCUCUGGGAGAAUUAGGGAAAUAUGGAGUGACAUGCUGCAGAUUAGUUAGCGGAUUUGAGGCUUUGAGGUCAUCCACCUCUGUGUGAGCGCAGGUUCCCUGGAGCGCAGGUUCCCCCCCCCCUCCAGCAGCAAUGGCUGACCCGGGGAUGUUGAGCCUGUUUGGGGAUGAUACCAACCUGUUCUCGGACGGGCUGGAGGGCCUGGGGGACUGUGGCUUCCCCCAGGGCCAGACCAACCCCAUAGGACAGCAGGAGCACCAGGGCUACGGGUCGCUCUCCUCCAACUCACUCCACCACCCCUCGCAGGCUGGCCCCGGACAGCCCAAGAUUGGCCACCCCUACGACCCCUUUGCAGGCUACGAGCAGCAGCAGGGCAACAGUCCCGCCGUCAACGGCAUGGUGACACCGCACUCGCGGUACCACAACAGCCUCCAACAACCCGGAGGGGGGCACCAUGUCUACCCCAGAGCCCAAGGCGAUGGGCAUGGGCAGUCCUUCCCUGACGGAGGAGCCGUAUGGGGCCCCCAGACUGGCCCCGGGCAGGGCAGGCCUCCAUUCCAGCAGCAACAGGCAUCCCCUCAGGCCCCCUCCAACCAGCAGCAUGGACCCUCUGGGCCCCAGGCCCCCUCCCACCAGCAGCACGACCCCUCAGGGCCCCAGGACCACGGCCACCGUAUGGGCCCCUACAUGGGCCGGUCCGACUAUGCCACUAUGCAGGGCCAUCCUUGCCAGACCCAGACGCCACCCAGGAUCAACCACUUCCCUCCAGGCAUGGGCCAGGAGCCCAACCACUACAUGGGCCACGUGGGGCUCCAGCAGAACUCCAGCAUGACGGGCCACCCGGCACAGCAACAGCAGCCCCCCCAGCAGUUCCUCCACCGGCCUUGCCAGGGCCCUGUUCACACCCAGGACCACAUGGCCUCCCACACCUCUCACCAGCAGCACCAGGGCUUGGCCGGGAGGCCACACCAGAACAUGGGGUUCAACAUGCACGGCCAGGCAGCCUCUCCUGGUGCUGUAACCAGCUCAGGCCCGUACCCCCCCUACCCCCAGUACGGCAACCUUAAUCAGGGAUUAGCCGGCAGUGCAAGGAUGAGUCCCGGCAUGAGCCUCAGCAGCACCAGCAACAACAACAGUUGUGCCAGCGGGCCUAUGGGGCCAGACCAAGUCCAGUGUUACCCCCGCAGGGGGGGGGGCCCACAGUGCUACCCGGAUCCUCAGGUACACCAGCAGCCUGUCCACCCCAACCAAAUCCCUGGCCAGCCCAUGCACCCCUCCCAGCCCCAGGCCACCCCCCAUAAGCAGCCCCACCUCCCCACACCACCUCAUGGAACUUACGGCUCUCCCACCUCCAUGUCCCCCAUGAAGGGCAUGGGAACCACCGCGGUCACACCUCUGCCUCAACAGGUCCAACCCCCUAGUGCAGGUCUUGCUCCCGAGGUAGGGGGGUACCCCGGAGUGCCACUCCAGGCCCCUAACCCCGUGGCCCCCCCCUCAGAGAAACACCACUCCCCUGGGCGUGCAGCAACCGCAACAUCAUUCCCAGCACUUCUCCCACCCACAGCAGCACCCCCACAUGCCCCCGAGCCAGCAGCUCUACCAGGGUAUGUCCCCCAACCAAGAGGCCCUCUCGACCAGGUGAGACCUCCAGGUCCUAUGGCCCACGGUGAGCAUCCAGGGCCACAGGACCAGCGGCUGCUCACUCCCCAGCAACAGGCACCCAAAUCUGGGCUGCAGCCUCCUCCCAUGGCCUUCCAGCAGUUGGUGCACCCAGCCCAGACUGCUUUGCCCCCAUCGCAGGCUCAGACACAUCUGGCCGGCCCCCACCACCAGAGCUCCCCGCCCAACCAGCCCCCUUGGGCGCCGGCAGGACACCAGUCGCCUCCAACCCCCCAGAAAGUGCCUCACAUUCAGUAUUCUACGUCAUCUGAGAUGACAGCUUCUGACAGGACACCCGCUUCCGGGGCUAACCUCCAGCCAGCCAACCGUGACAAGAAGCCCACCGAGCAGAAACCAAAAAAGAAGAAAGCGAAGGUGAUGGUGGAGGGGGAAAAGAAGCCCAAAAAGAAGAAAGGAUGUAUAGAGGAAUGUGGCGAGGAGGGGAAACGAAAGGUCGGGGACGGUCCCUGGGCGGAGGUUAACUGUCUGACAGGUGCCCUGGAGGAAUCACUUAUGGUGAAGACAAAGAAGAAACCGAAGGAGCCUAAAGAGCCCAAGACUCUGAAAACACCCAAGACCCCCAAAGAGCCCAAGGAGAAGGCCAAGAGCAUUACCCCCAAGGUCAAGAUGCCCAAGAAGCCCAGCACGAAGAAGGUGGAGUCAGCGGAGGGCAGUGGCAGCAGUGUUAAGGAGACUAAGAGGAUGAGGGAGCCCUCUGUCAGCUCCGAUGUGGAGAAGUCACCCCCAGGCCCCUCCGAUGAGGACGACGAUGAUGACGGUGUCCAGAAGCGUCGUUCCAGUCGUCAGGUGAAGAGGAAGCGCUAUACAGAGGAACUGGAGUUCAGGAUCUCAGACGAUGAUGAUGUUUCCCCCUCUCCCAAGUCGCCCUUCAACACCUCUGAACAGCAGGAGGUGGAGACAGAGGGGCCUGUGGUGGAGAAGAUCCUGUCCAUACGCAUGGGGAAGAAAGAGAUGGAAUCGGGAGAGAAAAUGGAAGUGGAAGAAUUCUAUGUCAAAUUCAAGAGCUUCUCCUACCUGCACUGUCGCUGGGCAGAUCUGGAGGAGCUAGAGAAGGACAAAAGGAUCCACCAGAAGGUCAAGCGGUUCAGGGCCAAACAGGCCCUCCCCACCUUCGUGACAGAGAUGGAUGACGAGCCUUUCAACCCAGACUACGUUGAGGUGGACCGGGUACUGGACGUGUCAGAGAGCACAGAUGAGAACGGAGAGCCUGUAAAGCUGUACCUGGUGAAGUGGUGUUCCCUGCCCUAUGAGGAGAUAACCUGGGAGCUGAAGGCCGACAUCGACCAGGCCAAGAUCGAUGAGUACGAGGCCGUGGCAGCCCGUCAGCCUGAGACCAAACGCGUGGAGCGACCUCCCACCGAAAACUGGCAUAAAUCCGAGAGUUCCAGGGAUUAUAAAAACGACAACGCACUUAGGGAAUACCAGCUGGAGGGAGUGAACUGGCUGCUCUUCAACUGGUACAAUACACGGAACUGCAUCCUAGCAGAUGAAAUGGGCCUGGGCAAGACCAUCCAGUCCAUCACAUUCCUCUAUGAGAUCUACCUGAAGGGGAUCCACGGGCCCUUCCUGGUCAUCGCCCCCCUCUCCACCAUUCCAAACUGGGAGAGGGAGUUCCGCACCUGGACCGAACUCAACGUGAUCGUCUACCACGGCAGCCAGGCCAGCCGCAAGACCAUCCAGGCCUACGAAAUGAACUACCGCGACGUGCAGGGUCGUGUGAUAAAGGGAGCUUACAAAUUCCAUGCGGUCAUCACCACAUUUGAGAUGAUUCUGACAGACUGUCCGGAGCUGCGUAGCGUCUCGUGGCGCUGUGUAGUCAUCGACGAGGCUCACCGCCUCAAGAACAGGAACUGCAAACUGCUGGAGGGUCUUAAGAUGAUGGACAUGGAGCACAAGGUGCUGCUGACCGGGACCCCCCUGCAGAACACGGUGGAGGAGCUCUUCAGUCUGCUCAACUUCCUGGAGCCUGAACGCUUCCCCUCUGAGAACACCUUCAUGCAGGAGUUUGGAGACCUCAAGACUGAGGAGCAGGUCCAGAAGCUGCAGGCCAUCCUGAAGCCCAUGAUGCUGCGACGUCUCAAGGAGGACGUGGAGAAGAACCUGGCCCCCAAGGAGGAGACCAUCAUCGAGGUGGAGCUGACCAACAUCCAGAAGAAGUACUACCGGGCCAUCCUGGAGAAGAACUUCUCCUUCCUGUCUAAAGGUGGACCGGGAGGAGGAGGUGGCGCAUGGGGAGGUGGAGGUGCACAGGUCCCCAACCUGCUCAACACCAUGAUGGAGCUGAGGAAGUGCUGCAACCACCCCUACCUCAUCAAUGGUGCAGAGGAGAAGAUCCUGGACGACUUCCGUGAGAACCACCAUGCCGAGAUGCCCCAAUUCCACCUACAGGCCAUGAUCCAGGCAGCGGGCAAGCUGGUGCUGAUCGAUAAGCUGCUGCCCAAGCUGAAGGCCGGGGGACACAGGGUCCUCGUCUUUUCCCAGAUGGUGCGCUGCCUGGACAUCCUGGAGGACUACCUCAUCCAAAAACGGUACCCGUAUGAGCGUAUCGAUGGCCGUGUGAGGGGUAACCUCCGGCAGGCUGCAAUUGACCGCUUCUCUCGUCCGGACUCUGACCGCUUUGUAUUCCUGUUGUGUACCCGGGCCGGAGGUCUGGGCAUCAACCUGACCGCUGCCGACACCUGCAUCAUCUUUGACUCUGAUUGGAACCCCCAGAAUGAUUUACAGGCGCAAGCCAGAUGCCACAGGAUUGGCCAGAGCAAGGCAGUGAAGAUCUACAGGCUGAUCACCAGGAACUCCUAUGAGAGGGAGAUGUUUGACAAGGCCAGCCUAAAGCUGGGCCUCGACAAGGCUGUGCUGCAGUCCAUGAGUGGCCGAGAAAAUGCAGCCAACGGGGUUCCACAGCUAUCUAAGAAGGAGGUGGAGGACCUCCUCCGUAAAGGAGCCUACGGAGCUCUGAUGGACGAGGAGGACGAGGGCUCAAAGUUCUGCGAAGAGGACAUUGACCAGAUCCUCCUGAGACGAACACAGACCAUCACCAUUGAGUCCGAGGGCAAGGGGUCCACCUUCGCCAAGGCGAGCUUUGUGGCUGCUGGGAACAGGACAGACAUUUCCUUGGAGGACCCGGACUUCUGGCAGAAGUGGGCCAAGAAGGCGGAGCUCGACAUGGAAGCCAUCAAUGGACGGAACACCCUUGUGAUUGACACUCCCAGGGUGCGGAAGCAGACACGCCACUACAGCUCAAUGAAGGAGGAUGAAUUGGCAGAGUUUUCCGAGCUGGAAAGUGACGGCGAGAAUGAGAAGCCCUUGACCAAACUCAGGCGACCCCAGGACCGAGCUCACGGGUACCCCCGCAGCGUGUGCUUCAGGGUGGAGAAGAACCUGCUGGUUUAUGGGUGGGGUCGCUGGGGAGACGUCCUGUCCCGUGGGCGUUUCAAGCGGCCCCUGCAGGAACAAGACGUGGAGACCAUCUGCCGCGCCCUGCUGGCCUACUGCCUUCUGCACUACCGUGGCGACGAGAACAUCAAGCGCUUCAUCUGGGACCUCAUCACGCCCUCUGAGGACGGACAGAGCCGCACACUCACCAACCACUCCGGUCUGUCUACUCCAGUACCGCGGGGUCGUAAGGGGAAGAAGGGGAAACACGCCCCACCUGCCCCUCCCCAGCUCCCCAGGGCAGAGUGGCUGGCCAGCUGUAACCCUGACCUGCUACUGCAGGAGGACAGCUACAAGAGACACCUCAAACACCACUGUAACAAAGUUCUCCUGAGGGUCCGUAUGCUCUACUAUCUGCGACAGGAAGUCAUCAGUGACCACGCCGACAGGAUCCUAGAGGGAACAGACUCAAGUGAAAUGGAUAUCUGGAUCCCUCAGCCUUUCCACGCCGAGGUGCCCGCCGAUUGGUGGGACAGCGAGGCAGACAAAUCGCUGCUCAUCGGUGUCUUCAAACACGGCUAUGAGAAGUAUAACUCGAUGCGUGCCGACCCUGCGCUGUGUUUCUUGGAGCGGGUGGGCAUGCCCGACGCCAAGGCCGUGGCUGCAGAGCAAAGGGCGGACAUGAUGGCAGAUGGUCUGGAGGGAGAGGAUGAAGACCCAGAGUACAAGCCUCUCCGCAUGACCUUUAAAGAUGAGAUGGAGGACUUUGCGAACUCGCCCCUGGAUGACAAAGACGAGACUGUGGACGUUGAGAGUGGUGAAUCUAAACCAGGUGAGGAUGUAGCAUGCAGCAGAGGGGCGGGUCGUCUGUACUGGCCGGCGGCCUCGGCCCUCACCGCUAGACUCCGCCGCCUCAUCACGGCCUACCAGCGCACGCACAAGAGGGAGCAGCUCCGCCAGGAAGCGAUGGCCCGGCCCGACGGACGCCGUCGCCGCCGGCCCCGAGAACAUCUCUUCUCCAUGGUCACAGACGGAGCGGCCUACGUGCAGGAGGACGGAGCCUUCAUGGCAGAGGGAAGUCCUUAUAUGGCCAAGGGCGGAGCUUUUAUACCUGAGGCGACGGUGCUCCCGGCAGAAGGAGGGGCCGCCUUCAAAGAGAGGCGUCAGAGGUGGACCAGGCGUGAGGAAUCAGACUUCUACCGGGUUGUGUCCACGUUUGGUGUGAUCUAUGACACGGACCGCCAGCUCUUUGACUGGACCCAGUUCAGGGCCUUCGCCCGGCUGGACAAGAAGAGUGACGAGAGCCUGGAGAAAUACUACUUCUCCUUCUUGGCCAUGUGCAAGCGGGUGUGUCGCAUGCAGGUCAAGGCCAACACAGAGCUCCCAGACCCUACCCUGAUCAUCGACCCCAUCACGGAGGAGCGCGCCUCACGCACCCUCUACCGCAUUGAGCUGCUGCGUCGCAUUCGCGAGCAGGUGCUGCCCAACCCCCUGCUAGGUGAGCGCCUGCGCCUCUGCCAGCCUAGCUCCGACCUGCCUGAGUGGUGGGCCUGCCGCCGGCACGACCACGACCUCCUCCUGGGCGCCUCCAAGCACGGCGUGAGCCGCACUGACUACCACAUCCUCAACGACCCGGCGCUGGGCUUCCUGGAGGCCCACAGGAAGUUCACCAAGGGGGCAUCGGCUGGGGUGCCUCAGCCGCCCCGCGAUGGUGCUCUCUCUACUGCUUCUUCCUCUUCUACUGAGCAGGCCACAGCUACUGCUGGUGCUGAGAAAUCCUUACCUGUCCAAGAGGAGGAAGAAGGGAAGGAGAUGAAAGAGGAAGGUGAUGAUAUUCCAUGUACUAAACCUGAGAAACCAGCCGAAGGCAAGGAAGAAGAGAUGGAGGCGAAGAAGGAAGAGAAGGCCAAGUCUCCCAAGAAGGUGAAGGACGAGGAGGAAGAGAAGGGAGAGGAGGAAGACAGAGAGGAGAAAGUGGAGGUCACCGGUGACGCUGACGGAGAGACUUCCAAGGAGGCCAAAUCCGAGAAGGAGUGCAAAGCUCCUACUGAGGAGACCAAGGACCAGGACAAAAAGCUGGACUUACAGGAGAAACCAGAGUCUCCUAAAGCAUCAGAGUCUCCUAAAGCAUCAGAGUCUCCUAAAGCAUCAGAGUCUCCUAAAGCAUCAGAGUCUCCUAAAGCAUCAGAGUCUCCUAAAGCAUCAGAGUCUCCUAAAGCAUCAGAGUCUCCUAAAGCAUCAGAGUCUCCUAAAGCAUCAGAGUCUCCUAAAGCAUCAGAGUCUCCUAAAGCAUCAGAGUCUCCUAAAGUCAGAGUCUCUAAAGCAUCAGAGUCUCCUAAAGCAUCAGAGUCUCCUAAAGCAUCAGAGUCUCCUAAAGCAUCAGAGUCUCCUAAAGCAUCAGAGUCUCCUAAAGCAUCAGAGUCUCCUAAAGCAUCAGAGUCUCCUAAAGCAUCAGAGUCUCCUAAAGCAUCAGAGUCUCCUAAAGCAUCAGAGUCUCCUAAAGCAUCAGAGUCUCCUAAAGCAUCAGAACAGCAGGGAACCAAGAAGGAAGAGAGCGAUGAGAAAGAAGGAAGCCCUGCCAUGUCUCCUAAACCAGUGGCUGAGAAAGGGCCCGGUGAGGAGAAGAUGGAAGAAGACGACAAGUCUGAGAAGUCUUCUCAAGCUGAAGCAGGCGCCACCUCAGAGCAGAAGAACUUUGACGAGGAGAGCAACCCCUCACUGAGCACCACAGCCAGAGAUGAGACCCGUGACGGGUUCUGCCCCGAGGAAGAGCCCUCUGCCAUCCCGGCCCUCCAGGAGAGAGCCACCUCAUCCUUCUGGCCCAAGGACCGUGUCAUGAUCAAUCGCAUGGACAACAUCUGCGAUGCGGUCAUCAAGGGCAAGUGGCCCGCCAACCGACGCCAGUUCUUUGACUUCCCGGGCCUGUUGCCUGGAUACCCCGGCCCCAUGACGUCUGAAAGCCCCAUGCCGAGGCAGAGCCUGGCCGAACUGUCGAUGGCAGCGGCCGCUCAGACCAACUUCAGUGGCAGCGAGGACCUCACCCUCUCGCCCCAGGUUAAUGAGGAUGCUCUGAGCAUAUCAUUGCCGAAGCAGCGUCGUCGCAGGCGGCGGAAGGUGGAGAUAGAGGCGGAGCGUGCGGCCAAGCGCAGGAACCUGAUGGAUAUGGUGGCCCAGCUCAGAGAAUCUCACGCUGCAGAGUCCCAGAGCCAGGCCAUGGAUCUUACCCAGGGUAUUCUGCACCAGCAUCACAAGUCUUCAGCACCGUCCCCGGUGAGCUACUCCAGCAGCAUGGUGUCACCUGCUGCCCUCAAGGCACAGAUGGAGCUUCUGCAGGCGGCCACACCCUCCAGACACAGGGCCAACUGCUCAUUGGCCGAGGCUGACCUGCCCACCAGGAGGAGGCGGGGCCGCAGGAAAAAUGUGGAGGGGCUGGAGCUGCUGUUCAUGAGAGGAGCCACGGAGGAUUCAGAGAGGACCAAAGCUUCAGUGGAGGGGUUGCAGAUCCCCCCACGUUCCCACCGCCACAACAUUCCCAGCACCUCCGCCCGUGUCCCCUCUGUCAGCGCUAUGGAGGACAGGGAGGCUGGUACCCCCUCUAACAAAGACCUGAGUGACUGGCUCAGACAGCACCCCACAUACACCAUGGACAUGCCUACUGCGUACACACCAAAGAGUGAGGAAACUCUCCUCUCCUCCCAGUUCCCCAAACCCAAGCAAAAGAGACACCGCUGCCGGAACCCCAACAAGAUCGACAUCAACACGCUCACCGGAGAAGAGAGGGUUCCCGUGGUCAACCGGAGAAAUGGAAGAAAGAUGGGUGGAGCCAUGGCCCCUCCCAUGAAGGAUCUUCCCAGAUGGCUCCUGGAGAACUCAGAUUUUGCCGUCGCUCCAGACUGGACUGACAUUGUCAAGCAAUCGGGCUUCCUCCCUGAGGCCAUGUUCGACCGUCUCCUGACUGGGCCCUUGGUGCGUGAGGAGGGCGUCCGUCGUCGGGGAAGACGUCCCAAAUCGGAGAUCGCCAAGGCAACAGCGGCUGCCUCGGCUGCAUCCUCCGGGGGCCUUAACCCCCUGCUGAUAAACGGCCUGUUUGGAGGCAUGGACCUCACCAGCUUGCAGGGCCUACAGAGCUUCCAGAGUCUGCAGCUGCAGCUCAUGGGCUUCCCCGGCAUGGGGGGGGCUGACGCUAAACACGCCUCGGCCAUGCUGCCUCUCAUGCUGCCUGGCAUGGCUGGUAUGGGCGUUCUGCCCAACAUGUUUGGCCUGGGAGGCCUGUUCGCAAGCAACCUGGCUGCAGCCUCCCAUGGCAUCAACAACCAGGACGAUUCGGACGAGACAUCGAAGAGAGACGCCAGGGAGGGUGGAGAAGAGCAGGAUGAGGAGAAGGACGACACUGGGGAGGAGGAAGAGUCGAGCAAGGCUAUUGGGGAGGCUGCGGCUUUGAAUGUGGCUGCUGCCGCUAUGGCCGCCUCCGGCAUGUCGGUUAACUCCCUGGCCUUCAAUCCCUUCCUGCUCUCCACCAUGGCCCCGGGGCUCUUUUCCCCCUACAUGUUCCUGCCCCCUGGCCUGGGAGGUCUCACCCUGCCUGGCUUCUCCCCCACUGCCCUGACCGACCUGCAGAGUGCCAUGGCUGGAGCCAUGGGGGUUGCCUCUGGAGCUCAGGGCCAUGAGAAGAAGCCCAGCCAGGUUGCCCUGGACUGCCCUGCUGCCGCAGACCCAGAGACUGCUGAUGACAGUGACUCAGCUGAGAGCCUGGAGAAGACUGCAGAGUUGUCUGCGCUAGAAGAUGAGACCUCCGCAUUGGCAGGGGAAGCCGACUCACCGGAAGACCUGGAUGAAGGAGAGGAUGCCCUUGAGGAGGAGGAGAAGUGACUGAAUCUAACUGGACUUUAACCCCCCCACCAACUUGAUAUCCAAACAUAUGAAUUUGUUUUUUCUUUGUUUUCAUUGUUUUUGUUUCUUUCACAGGUAAACAUGUAAAUCAGGGAGAGCAUAUGUAGCUAAAAGGCUCUUAAUGUAUUGUUAAUGGCAUAGUCAGGGGAAAAGUUAACUGAAGUAGAGUUUUGCGGAUGUUUUAAGGGUGUUAUUUUUGGUCUUUGUUCACUGAACGGUGCAUUCUAGAUGAAAUGGGAAAUUUCCUCAAAUAUUAUUCUAGGAAUUAAUGUUUCCAAUAGUGCUGCUUUUCUGGUUCAUUUAUUAUGACAUUUUUGUGGAUAUUGUGACAGUAAGUAGCAUCUCGUAUCUCUCCAGUGGCGUACAAUUUCACGGCAUUAAUCGUCUGUCUAUAUGCUGCUGAUGAAAAGGAUCAUGGGUAAUUUAGAUUUUGCUGUUGUACUGUUCUGCUUUUAAGAGCAGGAUGAAGUUCUCACAAAUCAGAUGGCCUAAUAAUCUGACUGUUCCCAGUCCCUCACUGAUGAUCGUCUACACCCACACACACCCGACUGUCGAUUCCUGUAGUCUUACACUCUAACAAUCCAACCUGACUGUUCCCAGUCCCUCACUGAUGAUCACCCACACGUCUACACCCACACACACCCGACUGUCGAUUCCUGUAGUCUUACACUCUAACAAUCCAUCCUGACUGUUCCCAGUCCCUCACUGAUGAUCGUCUACACCCACACACACCCGACUGUCGAUUCCUGUAGUCUUACAUUC